AUGAAAAAUCAACGAUUAAAUGAUCAAAUUCAAGAAGAUGAAGAAGAAAAGAUGAGUGAUUCUGAAAAAUCAGAUGAAGAUGAUGAUAAUAAUGUUUUUGAUGUACGACAACAUCAUCAACAAAAGAUGAUAAAUGAUACAUCAAAUUCAGUUACAGUUAAAGUAAAUCAUUUGAUUAUAUUGGAAUCAGAGAUUCCAUUUGAGGCUAAACGUGUUAUUAAUUUAAUUGUUGCUGCAAAAAUAUUAAUAAAAUAUGUAAAAUUAGUCAAUAUCAAUCAAGCUCUUGAAGAUAAAUCAUCGCCACGAUUGGCACAAUGUACAAUUGUUCGGUGA